UUCCUUCGGUAUACCUAAGCGUGUAUGUAACCAUCAGAUCAAAAUCAAAAGGCAAUCGUUCGUUCCCAAACAAAUCCGAGGAAACCCUAGACACAGUCUCAACACCCAUCGUUUUUUCGCCGCCGCCGCCGGCCCACUGCAUCCCCGCGCCACAACCACGACGCCACCUUCGUCUUCCAACCAUACCCCGUUGCUCAGCACUUAGCUUAUACGGCUUUCCAGUGACCUAUUUGUAUCCCACUUCCAAUUCAAAAGCCUUUAGGAUCGAAGUUUCUGCAGGAUGAGUGCUGUUCAAGCACUCGUUCCCGGAAUCGAAGAAGUAAAGCCCAAAAUUCUAGCGAAGGAUGCAAUCCUUAAGGAAAAAGAGAACGAUUCGUUGGCCAUGGGAGCUGAUCAUCUUUUAGGCGCGAAUAACCGCGGCUAUGGCUUCCAUGCUGAUUCUAUUAGGGCACCAACAGCAAAGGAUCAGGAGGUGGAUGUAAUCGGAUGCGAGGAAGGGACUUCGACGCCUAUCGUGAAAGCUGAAGUUCCGGAUGCCGACGCUACCGAGCACUCGAGCUCCUUUGGGGACUCGUUUUCCGGCUCAAAUGAGGAGGUGAAGAUUAGCACCGGUGAUGUGGAGGUGGAGUCGCCGUUAAGUAUGGAGAAUGGGCAUCAGCAUGCCUUCGAAGGACCUGUCCGGCUUUUCAAGAAGAAGAAAGUUACUGCCCAUUGGAGAAAGUUCAUUAGUCCUCUAAUGUGGAGGUGCCAAUGGCUAGAACUUCGGAUGAAAGAACUGCAAUCACAAGCUCUAAGAUACGAUAAAGAACUCGCGGCAUACACACACGAAAAGGAACUACAAUUAAAAAUGAUCGAUCUCGAUUAUUCAGUUUCAAAAACUGUUCCUUUAAGCUCUAAAAACCACAGAAAACCAGCGAUGAAGAGAAGAAAAAGGAAGAGAAAUGAGGAUAGUAUUAAUAUAUUGUCGUAUAUGUCGAACCACAAUAUAUUCUCAUACUAUGAGAAAAAGAGAGGCGACACAGAUGGCCACUCAGUUGAUAACGACCUCUCCGAUCAUGCGAACGACAUCACACGAGGCGGCGACGAUCACUUAUGGGCUCUAGACUUCAGGGACGGCGAUGGCGAUCGCUUGCUCGAGCAAGUCCUUAUGAAUAUUGAAGCUCUCCAGUCUCGAGUUUUGAGGGUAAAGGCUCGUCUCAACCAGAUAAUGAGCACGAAUGUCAGAGAUGCGCAAAGCCCGAGUUGUUCACUCGGCAAUAUCGGAAAACAAAUCCCUGCUGGAGUUUCGAACACCUCCCCCCGCCACGGUUCUGAGUAUGAGAUGGACGAUAUGGUUUUGCCUGGCAGCGCAGUCUCGAGCUUUGGAGAUGCUCCAGAUCUCGAUAUUAUUGAGAGUACAAUGGGCUUCUUGUCUGGUGCUGAUGUGCCUUUGGAUCCAAAUCAGUUGGUGGACUUCUGCAAAGAUAAUGCAGAUGAUGUACUGAUAAACAAUCAUGCGGCGGACGAAGAACUCCAUGAAUUUGGAGUCAGCCAUGCGCGAGAGAAGCUGCGCAGAGAAGCAGCUACAUGCAAAGAACCAGAUUCCGAUGAUGAGAGCACUGCCCCCUACCCCUCCCCUGCCUCCAUGGCUACCGAAUCUGCAUAUCAAAGCCAUGGAGGCGACGGUGUUAAUGCUCCUCAGCAGCUUGUCGGCUACACAGGGAGGAGGAGAGGUCGCCGACCAAAGCGACGGCGGCGCGGGGGCUCUGUGGCUGGGUGGAAGACUGGAAGGCCUCCGAAGAAAAGAAAAUUUUGAGUGUGGAUCAUGGAAGAGCACCCACAACCGCAAGGAAACACCAAUGCUCCCGUGUCUGCAGACAGAGCACGAUGUGCCCUUGCCCAUAUGGGCACGCUGGCAUCAAUGUUUGCAGUGCUCCCAAACAGCAUUUCGGGCACCUAUGAUCCCGAUUCCAAGGACCGACGCUCCCAUGCUCAGAAAUGGCGCGAGCGCACCAAGUGCGGUUUACUCUCUCGUUUCAAAAUCCUCCAUGUGAACAAUGAAGUAGACAAUAUCUUGUGUGCGGUGUCACAACAGGUGUCUUGUGAAGAUGAAAAGGCUCGGGGAGGAUUUCAGCGAGUGUUUUUUUAUUGUGAGGUCAAGAGGAAUGUUUGGAGUAAAUUCAUAGAAGUCUCAUUGCUUGUAGAGAAGAGAUCCAAUUGAAUAUUUAUGUACAUUUCUAGUCCUUCAUAAUGAAAAUUUCUUGGUGGUGUAGCUCUGCAGGUUUCUUGUUCUCGGGCU